AUGUCAUUGCAGACUACAUAUCAAGACAAAGCUACACAGACGGAUCUAGACAAAGAUGAAAAAAUAUUCAAUGCUAUAGCAAUGCUUUGUACAAAGAUAGAUAAUAUGGACAAAGAGAUACAAAAAAUGAAAGGUCAGCAGCAUGACGGUAAACAUGCGGAGCUAAGUCGAUCGGAAGACUUAAAAAUUCCAGAGCUAGAAGGUGACGCUGGGAAACACCGAAAAACCCAAGCUAACAAUUUGUUACAUGCAGCUACAGGUAGCACAUCAUCUACAAAAGAGGAGAAAAGAUAUGUCAAUACAAAUAUGAACAAGAUAUUCGAAAAACCAUUUAUACCCAAAAAACAAAACCCCAUAUUUGUACCACCUCAAAUAAAUACCUAUAAGGAAAGUCUAAACCAGGACAAAAAGACCUAUAACCAUAUAACCAGAGCAUAUAUAGAAAAUAUCCACAAAAUACAAACCUUUUUAAAUAAAAACCCCAGAUCAAAAACUACCCAAAAUCCACAUGAAGACUAUAUUACUCAAGCUUUGCAAGGAUAUAAUAAACUAAUCGCUUUACCUAAGACAAAUGCAAACCUAAUAGCAACUUGCUAUAACUAUGGAUUAUUGAACACAGUAUAUACCCAAACUGGAGAUGAAAUAGCUACGAUACCAGAGUUACAUAAAGCAUUCAUGAACUACAAGAGAAUAACUAAAGGAACUUUGUUUUAUAUAAAGUUUUAUUCAGCACCAGCAGAAAUACUUUACGACGAGAUAAAACCAAUUAUACAAGUAAUAAAAAUUGGACUAACUAGAGAGAUGAUUAUACCGGAAAAAAUAGAGGAACAAGAGGAGAUACAAAAAGUAGAGAUACCAGCAUUUUAUGCAGGAAAAAGAAUUAUUGGAAUAGCUACUAUAUUAAAUGAAUUAACAUCCAAUUAUUUGAACAACAAUUCAAUAUGGAGUUACUAUUCACGAGAACAAACGAUGAUAUAUUCGAAUUGUCGAGAAUUUAGAGCAACAGAUAUGGAAGAACUCAGGCAAUGGGCAUUAAGUCUGUUAAAACCUGAGCAACAACCUACAACAAGAGCUAUAAGGAAGGACUUUGUCUCAUCGGAAAUAAUGACCAGAUACUGCAAAACUAUUGGCCAUAAAUAUCCGGAUCAUCAAUGUUCAAAAUGUCAAGGUGAAGAUAACGUGAUCCCAGACGUGCAGCUAGAAUAA